UUGUCGAGGGAGUUGAUAAUCAAAACAAUGCAGCGUCAUCUGCUCAGUGCUGAGAGCGUGACGGUCGUCAGGGUGAGUAGCGGCUUCAGACUCAGACUCGCCUCUUCCUCUUCCUCUUCUUCUUCUUCUUCUUCUUCUUCUUGGCUGUGUGGUAGCGACCUCGCAGGACUCAAGAGAUUCAUCCAAGGAUGCACUCCCCGGUGCUGGUUCUCAAGGAUUCUCUGAAGCGCGAAUCUGGGAGCAAGGUGCAUCAUGCUAAUAUUCAGGCUUCCAAGGCUGUUGCUGAUAUUAUUCGCACAACCUUAGGCCCGCGCUCAAUGCUGAAAAUGCUACUGGAUGCUAGUGGAGGAAUAGUCGUGACAAAUGAUGGAAAUGCUAUUCUACGUGAGUUAGAUCUUGCACACCCAGCAGCAAAGUCAAUGAUUGAGCUUAGUCGCACACAAGAUGAAGAGGUGGGAGAUGGAACAACGUCUGUCAUAGUUCUUGCUGGUGAGAUGCUCCAUGUCGCUGAAGCAUUCAUUGUUAAGAAUUAUCAUCCCACUGUAAUUUGUCGAGCCUAUAAUAAAGCUCUGGAAGAUGCUAUUUCAGUUUUGGAUAAAAUCGCAAUGUCAAUUGAUGUUAAUGAUCGUGCAACUCUGUUGGGUCUUGUUAAGAGCUGUAUUGGUACUAAGUUCACUGGUCAAUUCGGCGAUUUGAUUGCUGAUUUGGCUAUUGAUGCCACAUCUAUUGUUGGUGUUGACCUGGGUCAAGGUCUGCGUGAAGUAGAUAUUAAGAAGUACAUUAAGGUAGAAAAGGUCCCAGGUGGACAGUUGGAAGAUUCGGGAGUCCUCAAGGGAGUUAUGUUCAACAAAGAUGUUGUUGCUCCUGGCAAGAUGAGAAGAAAGAUUGUCAACCCACGAAUCAUUCUUCUUGACAGUCCCCUUGAGUACAAGAAGGGCGAGAAUCAAACAAAUGCCGAGCUGGUCCGCGAAGAAGACUGGGCUGUCCUAUUGAAGAUGGAGGAAGAGUAUAUCGAGAAUCUCUGCAUGCAGAUUCUGAAGUUUAAGCCCGACUUAGUGAUCACUGAGAAGGGCCUCAGCGAUUUGGCUUGCCACUACCUUAGCAAGGCAGGAGUCAGUGCCAUCAGGAGGCUGAGGAAGACAGACAAUAACAGAAUUGCAAAAGCUUGUGGGGCCACUAUCGUGAACAGGCCAGAUGAAUUGCAGGAAUCCGAUGUGGGCACUGGUGCUGGACUGUUUGAGGUUAAGAAAAUUGGGGAUGAGUUCUUUGCUUUUAUUGUUGAUUGCAAAGAUCCUAAAGCUUGCACUGUGCUCUUGAGGGGAGCGAGCAAGGAUUUGCUGAAUGAAGUGGAAAGGAACUUGCAGGAUGCAAUGUCUGUAGCAAGAAACAUCAUUAAGAACCCGAAGCUUGUCCCUGGUGGUGGGGCCACUGAAUUGACUGUCUCAGCUAUGCUGAAGCAGAAGAGCUCAUCUAUCGAAGGCAUAGAGAAGUGGCCUUACGAAGCAGCAGCUAUCGCUUUUGAGGCUAUCCCUCGGACUCUAGCACAGAACUGUGGGGUGAACGUGAUUAGAACCAUGACUGCUCUACAGGGGAAGCAUGCAAAUGGAGAAAAUGCAUGGGUUGGCAUUGAUGGGAACACCGGCGCUAUCGCUGACAUGAAGGAACGGAAGAUUUGGGAUGCGUACAAUGUGAAGGCACAAACCUUUAAGACUGCCAUAGAAGCAGCUUGCAUGCUGCUUAGGAUUGACGACAUUGUGAGUGGCAUCAAGAAGAAGCAGCCCCCCGGAGCCGGCCAGGCUCCGAAGCCACAGGUCGAGACAGAGGCAGAUGCGGACGGGGAGCAAAUACUUCCAGAUUAAGGAUAGAGGCUUUCAGUUUUCCAAAAAUCCUCGGUGCUGGCGACUCCUGCUUUCCUGCCAUUUUUGCUCUGCUGAUUUAGUUACUGCGGUUUUUUUUUUUUUUAAAGGUAAUCUCUGAGUUGAAUGUGUCGGCUUUCACGAUCUUACCAGAAAUAUAUGUGGUUUUCUCUACGGAGGCUUCCUUCAGGGAUUAGUUGGUUAGAGUGUUUCAAAUAGGAAAUAUGCGCUUUACUUGUUAUGGAAUGAAAUGGUGAUGGUAAAAGAACAUGUUGAUGACCAAUUACAUAUAGGGGGUUAAUGGCCUCCGCUUCGGGUAA